CCUACAAAUACCCCCCUCCCUCUUCUUGCUUUACCAUCAUCCACAGCCAAUCCUCAAAUAUCACAUACUCGUCAGCAUCCACUCCUUCCUUCUUCCCUGCAACUCGCACCCAGCAGGCCCUGAUCUGUUGGCUGCGUUGUUGCUUUGCCUAGCUCAGCUAAACUUGUGCUUCUCCUGUGUUGAAUCUCCGGAGAUGUCAACUCCUUUGAGCAAGAGCCGCCGCUUCUCUUCGUUUCAGAACAUUGAUGAAGAGGCUAAGGCGGUCGAAAAGCAGGGCAUCGUCACCAUUCUUGGGUCGGACUGCGAAAGAACCAAAGCUGCUUCUCUAAGAAGAACUCUAUCCGCCGACAUGUCGUCCAAGAAAUGGCUGGCUCAAAACGGGUUCUCUCCUAUGAAAAAGAUCGCGUCCUCUGAACGAAUUUCUGCCUCUUUAGCAGAUUCAUCGUCCUCGUCUGAAGGAGAAGAAGACUACGAAGAAAGGAAGGAGAAGCUCGAAGGGCGAGCACAGUUCGAUAUGUGGAGCUCGAUUUUGUCUCAGAAGGCCAACGAGGACACAUCCACACCACUUCCACCUCCUUAUAUUCACCCUCUUGUGAAGAGAUCGGCGAGCUCUUUGAACGAAAAGAGUCUCGAAAUAUGCACGGAGAGCCUCGGGUCGGAGACCGGCUCCGACGGGUUCUCGUCGUACCCAUCGUCGGAGACGGGAGAAGAAGAAGAAGAAGAAGAGCAACAACAACUACAACUACAAGAAGAUCUGAAGAUGAUCAUGUGCUCUGAAUCUUUUGAUGGGGAGGAAUUGAGGGUGGCAAAGUAUAACAACCACUACGCUAAUUCUUGUAAGAAAUCAGAGGCUAAAUCGUUCCCCCCACCUCUUCCUUCUCUCUCUCGAGAAGACGGCGCGUCUCUCCGCAUGCAGUCUCGCCGUGACAAUGGCCGAUUAGUCCUCGAAGCCGUCUCCGUCCCUUUGCAGAACCGCUUCCGCGCUCAACGGCAUGACGGCCGCCUUGUCCUCACUCUCGUCGACAGUGCUACUCUCUCAAACGAAGUAGCAGAAGAUGAAGAAGAAGAAGAAGAACAGGAAGAACUUGGAGACUUCGAGGAAGUCUAUGAUGAUGACGAUGAAGAUGAAGAUGAAGAUGAAGAAGACGAACGCGAAGAGGAGGAUGAAGAAGACGAAGAGAUGGAGCAAGCGCCGACGUUUUCAAGUAGGGUGAUAAACGUGCAUAGAUUAGCUCUAAUGAUGAACAAGCCCAUUGGGAUAGCCGGCAGAAAUCCGACAUGGCCACGCAAGUUCAACGAAGUUGUCAAAUUCCAAGACGAUGAAACGGAGCCGGAGCUAACACAAGUAACAAAAUCUCUGCCACCUCGGCCCCGCGUGGCUCGGCUCAUGCCGUCAAAGCCGGCAGCGUCAUCCACGGCUUCCGUCAAUUCUUACGAGUACUAUUGGCGGGCCAAGCCGACCCAAAACCCGGCGGCGGCCGUCAAAAACAACACAAACAACCUCAUCAUCUCCAAAAAUAUCGCGGCGGCAAAUGAUCAGAACAGAGGAAACAAAGGAGAUUACUUUCUUCCUUUGUCAAAGGGCUGCAAGGAGCCACGAAGGUCUCUUCUUUUCUGGGAGCCCUAUUGCAUUGCCACCUCCUGAUCGAUCAUCCAUUAAUCCUCUUACCAUUAAUUCUUACUUAAAUUACUACAUAUUGUACCGUUUCUUAUGCGUAUUUUCCCGUAUGCUCCCACUCUCUCAGGGUUUGUGUAGUCAAAAUAAAAAGAAACAAGAGCAACGGACAAAUCUUAGACUUCUUUUCAUUGAUUUAAAGUUUAAACAGAGACCCAAUUAGAGAGAAAGAGAGAUGGCCCUGACAGUGUAUAAAUUUCAUCAGCGUCUGCUAUUUAUUAAUUAAAGCGAGAUCUUAAUUAGCAUCA